GGGGUGAGAAUGGAGGAGAUCGUGGAGGGCUGCACUGGUGCUCUGCAUAUCAUGGCCAGAGAUCCUAUUAACAAAGCCACCAUUGCCAACAUGGACACCAUUCCUCUGUUUGUUCAGCUGUUGUAUUCUCCAUUGGAUAACGUCAAGCGUGUGGCAGCUGGUGUUCUGUGUGAACUGGCUCUUGAUAAACAGUCGGCUGAGAUCAUUGAUUCGGAAGGAGCCAGUGCUCCUCUCAUGGAGCUCCUCCACUCCAGCAACGAAGGGAUCG